AUGGCCGCCAUGCUCGACCAAUCCCUGGACGCGAUGAUCAAAGAGACGCGCAAGGCGACGCCCAAGGCGCGCAAGGCGAACGCGAAGAAGACGGGAAACAAGACGCCGAUCGGUGGUAAAAAGAAGAUCGGUGGACUGAAGAACCGAUCGACCGGCGCGACGCCGAUGGCCAUGGACAUCGGCGGCGGCGUGAAGAAGGGCGGAAAGAACAGGAAGCCGAUGCGCUCGAACGCGGCGACGGCGAUGGCGAUCGACAGCGCGCGAAGAGGGGUGAACGGAAACGCGAGAAUCGCCGUGGGCGGAAAGACAAAGUUAAUGGUCGGAAACCUCGACUUCAAGGUGAACGAUCGUGACAUCAAGGAACUCUUCAGCCAAGUUGGACGUGUACUCUCUGCUGGUGUGAACUACGGCCCCAACGGCAAGUCCAAGGGCACCGCCGAAGUCACUCUUGCCACACUCGACUCCGCCAUGAAGGCUGUGAGCACGUACAACGGCGUCAAGCUUGACGGCCGGCCGCUCCAAAUCGUCAUCGUUGAUGCUCCGCAGAACAAGCAAUCUGCCAAGCCCAUCACUCACCGACUCUCGGGCUUGAAGCAACAACCGACGAAGAACGGCAAGCAACAGCAGAAGCCUGGCAACCGUGGCGCCGCGACCGCAAAGGUCGUCGCGGCCACGAAGAAGACUGCACCGAAGAAGAAGGCGCCGAAGAAGAAGGCGCCAAAGAAGGAGGAUGCCCCGAAGCCCACGGCGGCCGAUUUAGACGCCAGUUUGGACGCCUACAAGGCGUCUGCGGACGUUCAAAUGGCUGCGUAA